CCUUACCCAACAAUGUCGCCACAGUUGUGAAAAAAAACGCAAGUGAACGAAAUUUUUGCUAAAUAUCAAGUAAUUGCAAAAUGCUCUAUUUAGAAUAGCCGCUUGUGAAAUAUAACUAGUGCUAAGCCGCCCCUGUGCCCCACAAUUAUACCGGCGAGGAGAACCCUUGCGAAUGUGCCUUAAAAAGACGCCGAAGCAGAACAAGUGACGCCUUCCCAAAAUAUUGUGUACAAACUUCGAUAUAGCCAAAACAAUUGUCAACCCCAUUUAAAUAAAGUGUGUUGUUGCUACAACAGAAGCAGUAAAAUAUUUGGAGAAUGCCUACAAGACAACGCAUAUGGUGGGCAGGAGAAAGAGGAGCGGAAGCUUCAGGAAGCACAACUACCAGCACAUGGAUGUGUGCUUUACUCGAAGCAAUCGUGGCAACAACCUGCUGACCAUCGACGGAAAGCCAUUCACCCUCAACCGUAGGAUUAAGGACGCCUGCUACUGGGAAUGCGUUAAGCUACGCUGCAAGUACACAAAGUGCUCCGCCCGCGUGGUGACCAAAUCCAACAUGAUCUCGGCCCUGCGCGGCUUCCACAAUCAUCCCUAGACACCAAUUCCAUGUUCCACCUCUCUUAAGCCCAAUAAAAUUGUUUUGUAUU